AACUCUGGAAGAAUAUGAUAAAUUUCAGAGCAUUGAAUUUAACCAAAGUCUGUUAUGCAAUCACAAAUGAAGCAAAACAAUUCCAGGAAAGCCAGAGAUGAAGCAAUACUUAAUUUCAAAAUGUAGCAUUACCAACUGUGUAAUGCAACAUGCCUACAAAGAAGUCUAUUUAAGGUCUGGUAUGUACAGACUUUGAACCUACAGCAAUUUCUAUUCAUAAAAGUGAUGCAAUAUGUUAAAGAGACAGCAUGACAAGACAGAAAUGCAAUGCAAGCUCAAACACUUUAAUGAGUUUGAGGGCCUCUUCAGAUGUCAGGAUUGGGUCAGGUAAGUGUAACAUAUAGAAUUACACUAAAAUAGGCAGGAAGUGUUUUGUCACGUGAUCUGUCAGGGUAUAUAAGCAUGCCUGCGCAGAUGCCAACAUUCACACUCAGGACCUUGCCUUGAGCAGCAAACCAAACUCACUACCCCUGACACCAUGAGCUGCUACGGCAGCUACUACGGAGGCCUGGGCUAUGGCUACGGAGGCUUCGGUGGCCUGGGCUAUGGCUAUGGAUGUGGAUGUGGCGGCUUCUGCAGACUGGGUUCUGGCUGUGGCUAUGGAGGCUACAGAUACGGCUCUGGCUUUGGAGGCUACGGAUGUGACUCUGGCUUCGGAGGCUAUGGAUAUGGUUCUGGCUUUGGAGGCUACGGAUAUGGCUGCUACCGCCCAUCAUACUAUGGAGGAUAUGGAUUCUCUGGAUUCUAUUAAACUACUGCCCCAGCAACACAAUAUCUGAAAUUAUAAGAGGACUUUCCCAAAGCUGACUUCAAUCAUUGGACAACCAAGAUCAUGCUGGAGUUAUUUGCACAAAAGAAUUUAACAUCUCAGAAUUUCAGGCAAUCUUUUCUAUGUGCACCCAUCUCUCUAUCAUAAUCCUGGUAUUCUCUACUUUUGCUUUUAUAACUGGUUGAAUUAUCUAUUUAUCUUCCAAUAAAACAUUCUAAU